AGAAGACGUAAGAGGAGGGGCCUGGCGCUUCCAUCAUGGCGGGAGGCAUGAAAAUGACAAACGGUUCAUUCUGUAAACUGAUAGUUUCCAUCACCGCGCUGCUGCUCGCGUUUUCGCCCCGCAGCUCGCACCAGGACUCGGGUAACAACAGUCCAGUGAUUGAUCUGCAGGAUGGAGAGCAGUACGUCCUGUCGGGGUCCAACCGGUUCUGCUACACAAACUCCAUCGUGCCAACCUGGAGGCAAACGUGGACCAGAAUUCAGGUCAAGGUGUGGAGUUCCAGCGUCUUCAAGGUGCUGGUCGCGGAAGGCGAGGAGGAGCUGCAGGAGCUGGACCGCUUCACCGUCUGGGGCUGGUGUCAGAGCUUGUUGCGCGAGCGGCUCAAUGAAACCACCAUCAACAUCGGCCUGUUCAGCAAGAAGACGUGUUUCAUGAUCGACCCCAGUGCCAAGACGCAGUACACCGUCAAGCCCCUUCGCAAGUUUGAUAUCUACCUGUUUUUGGUUUUCCUCUCUGGGGCGUUGCUGUUGGUCUUUGCGGAUUCACUCAGCAGGAGUCAAAUCUUCUACUACUCUGCUGGUAUGAGCACCGGCAUGAUCGCCUCGCUCAUCAUCCUCUUCUUCAUCUUGGCGCGCUUUCUGCCGAAGAAAAGCCCUUUUUAUUUGCUGAUCGUCGGAGGCUGGUCCUUCUCCUUGUACGCCAUCCAGCUCGUCUGCAGGAACCUCAGCAUCAUUCUGCGAGAACACUGGCACAUGGCAAUAGGUUACGUCGGAGUGGUGGGAUUCCUCAGUUUCGUGGUGUGUUACCGUUACGGUCCCCUGGUGGACGAGAAGAGCGUCAACAUCCUGUCGUGGACGCUGCAGCUGUUCGGCCUGCUCCUGAUCUACUUGGGCAUUCAAAUUCAGCAGGUUGCGUUCGCCAUCAUGGUGGCAACUCUGCUCUCCAAAAACCUGGAGUACCCAGUGUCUGUGGCGGUCGCUGCAUGGAGAAUUUGUAUCCCUGUGUUGUUCAGGAAAUUCCGGCCGUACGUUCACUGGAAGCCGGAGCCUCGCCGCCUGUUGACCGAGGAGGAGUAUCAGCGGGAGGCGGAGGAGGAGACUCGACGUGCAUUGGACGAGCUGAGGAAACACUGCAACAGCCCGGAGUUCAGCCCGUGGAAGGCAGUGUCCAGACUUCAGUCCCCGCAGAGGUUUGCCGAUUUCAUCGAGGGGUCGCCGCACUUGAUGCCAAACGAGGUGUCGGUGCACGCGCAGGAGUACGGCUUUGGCGGCUCAUUUUUCGAGGAUGAAUUCUUCGACACGGACGACGAGGAGGACGACAACAACAUGACACCUCUGAUGAAACCAGAGUGAGAGGGUUAAAAACGAAAAAACAGAAAGUUCUAUUAUUGCCUUUUCAAGAAAGGUGGUGGGACGAGCGGGGGCUCUCUGAACAGCCAGACUGACCUCCAGCCAUGUACUGUGGAGGAGGCUUAAAAAAAAAACCCUGAAUUGUUCUUCUGUCCCGACUUUCAACAAAAAGUCAGUGACUGUGUUCGACAGACUUGUGCACUAAAGCCGUCGCUCUACUUUUGACAGAGGCUGGUGUUGAAGUCGAGUGUACGAACGUGCUGAAGCUCAGUGACUCGUCGAAAAAUCUCGUUUGAAGUCAAAGCAGGUGAACUCUCCACUGGGUGACGGUGGUUUUGAGUUGUGUGAUCUUUUAGUCGAUAGUUUAAAAAGGUUUUUAGUUUUUCCACCACGACAGUGGCUCCCUGCAACGCGAGCGUCCAGAUGACAUGAACGUACAUCACUGUGUAGCUCUCUCUUCUGAGCGGCAGCAUGACAACGGUGGUAGUUAUUAAUAUUCCAGCUUUAUUGUUAAGGCAAAAAUGAAGCUUGGUCCUGUUUAUGUUGUUUCACAUAUUUCUGUUCAUUUUAAUGGAUAAAAGAGAAAAAAUCAGUGGAGAUAUCCCAAAGUAUUUUGAAUAAAAAACACAAAUGUAUAUAUUUGAGUGUAAUUGAGUAAUGAACUGUUUGAUUAGUUGUUUAAUUGCAUUUGAAGCCACAAGCUGAA